UUCUCGCUGUUGCGGAUCUAUGAUUACACGACGGGUUGUUUCCAAGUCGUGCGAUCUUCUAUUGUAUUUGAUGUAAAAAUGUUCUAACUAUGGAAGAUGUUUUCAGAAUAAUUGCUUUCUGCAUAUUUGUGUGAGUGUAAGUGUUAAGGUCGAGUGUCUUGAGGUGACGCGUGAAGUUUUUGCUGGUGAUUCCUGUUACCGAUAUCACAAGUGGUACUAUGUUCACACCCUCUUGUCUCCAAACUUCUUUUAAUUCUAUAGCUAAAGGCGUGUAUUUUGUUACCUUUUCUUGCUCCUUUUUAAUGACGUUUACAUCAUUUGGUACGGCAAUGUCUAUGAUGUAUGUUUGUUUGGCAACCUUAUCUAUGAGUGUGAUGUCGGGGCGGUUGCUGGUCACAGUUUUAUCAGUGUAUAUUGUUCUAUCCCAAUACAGCCUAUGAGUUUCAUUUUCUAGUACAUUGUCCGGGAGAUAGGUGUAAUACGGUACGCGUUUUGUCUGGAUGAGGUUAUGUUUAUGGGCAAGUUCUUGAUGUAUGAUCUUAGCGGCUGCAUUAUGUCUUUCAGUAUAGUCUGUGCCGGCUAGUAAUUUACAACUUCCAGUUAUAUGGUCAAUAUUUUCGGUGGUUUGAUGGCACUUUCUGCAUGUGUCCGACUCGAUCGCUUCUUUUAUUAUAAAUUUUCUGUAGUUCCGGGUUGCAAUGACGUUAUCUUGGAUGGCCAGAAUGAAGCCUUCGGUUUCAGGAUAAAUUUGUCCCAUUGUGAGCCAUUUGUAGGUCAACUCUUGAUCUAUGUACGGGUUCUGCACGAUGUUAUAAUGUUUGCCGUGUAAUGUUUUUCGUGACCAUUCUUCCUUUUUUUGUGUAAUUGUGUGUGAACGUUCUAGUUGUGCAUGUUCUUCGUGAAGGUUUAGUGGCGUGUAUCUUCUAUCUGCUUUGGUGAUUGUGCGAUGUAGUGGAGUAUCUUUGCUAUGAAAAUAUUGUCUGAGGUUGUCUAUUUCAGAGUUAUACAAUGUGUGGAAGUCAACGAGGCCUCUUCCUCCUUCAGGUCUACUAAUCGUAAUACGUUCGAUGCACGAGUUCGGGUGUAACUUACGGUAACGUGUGAGCUGUGUUCGGUUCAGUCUGUUUAGUUCGUCAAUAUCUGUGUGUGACCAUCGUAUAAUUCCGAACGAAUAUCCGAUUACCGGUGCUGCAUAGGUGUUGAUUGCUUUGAAAAGAUUUUUGGAAUUUAAUUUCGACUUAAGUAAGAGAGUCAAUCUAUGUUUGUACUUGUCCUUUAGUUGCUGUUUGAGUCGUGAAUGAUUGAUGUUCGUGUUUUGCUCAAAACCCAGAUAUUUAUAUGUUUCUUCUGGUGCCAUAUUUUGUAGUGUUUCAUUGUUAAGUGUUUCUGGUGUUUGAUUGGUCUCAUAUGUUCCUUUUCUUAUGUACAGUAAUUUGCAUUUAUUAAUUCCGAAUUCCAUGCCAGUAUCUUUAGUAAAUUCUCCAAUAAUUCUAAGUAAUGCCUGCAUAUGCGUUUUAUUAUUUGCGUAAACCUUAAUGUCGUCCAUGUACAUAAGGUGGUUGAUUGUGUAUUGUCCUGCUUGUUGAUCUUUGAUUUUAAAGCCAUAGGUGGUAUCGUUGAGAAGGUUUGAUAGUGGGUUAAGGCACAAACAAAACCACAAUGAACUUAGGGAGUCACCCUGGAAUAUACCUGUAUUUAUUUCGAUGGAUUCUGUUUCUAUCUUUGUUGAAGAGUUAGCUACAAGUAUUUUUGUCUUCCAGGUUUGCAUGAUGGUAUGUAGAAAGUUUUGUAUGUGUCGGUCGAUUUUAUAGAUGUUCAAUACUUUAAGAAGCCAGCUGUGUGGUAUAGAGUCGAAGGCUUUUUUAUAAUCUAUGUAGCAAGCUACAAGGUUUCGAUGCUGUUUUUGUGUCUGUUGCAUAAUAAUGCUGUCUAUAAUUAUUGGUUCCUUGCAACCUCUACUAUGUUUUCUUCCGCCUUUUUGUUCUGCCGUUAGUAUACUGUGUUUUGUGAGAUGUUUUUCUAUUUUGUUGGUGAUGAUAGAUGUGAUGAUUUUAUAGAGAGUACAGAGACAUGUAAUCGGUCGGUAGUUGGCUGGAUUCUGUGUGUCGCCGUUUUUAGGUUUAAUGAAUGUUUUUCCUUGUGUGAGAAAGCUCGGCAUGGUUUGUGGUUCCAUUAUCACCUUGUUUAUAUGUUCUGUGAGAAGUUUAUGUAGGGAUGUGAAGUUCUUAUACCAGAAGUUUUGUAUGUAGUCGAUCCCUGGUGUUUUCCAAUUAUAUGAUUUUUGCAAUGUUUGUUGUAGCUCUUCUUGAGUGACUACGUGAUCUAAUUGUUGCGCUAGGUUUUUAUUUCUCUCUUGUUCUGUGACAAUCCAAGUUCCCUCAAGGUUAUGUGUUUUGUGUCGUGACCAAAUGUUUUCCCAAAAUUGUUGUAUCUCUUUGCCGCUUGGAGGAGUGACAUUCAAUUCUUCACAGUCUUCUAAGUUUCUGUAGAAAGAUUUUUCGUUACGGCUGAAUUGUGUGUUUUGGAUUUUUGUGAGUCUUGAGUCUUUGUAACGCCUUAGCCGUGUAGUGUAAACGGCUAGUUUCUGUUUAUAUGUAUCGAGUGCUUCUAUUAGGGUUUCUUUGUCGUUAUGAAUAAUUUUUUGGACAUGUUUAAUAAUCCUCUUUGAACUGUUCCCUUGAGCGUAUUGUGUUAAUCUGCCAAUGGUCUGUCGCAAAUCUUUAAUUCUUUUUUCCAGUCUUAAUUGCCAUUUAGGUUUCCGGUUUGAUCGGUUUAUCGUCUGUACUAGUGUUAUGGUUUGUUUGUUUAGUGUUACGACUGUCAACGCUGCUGUAUAUAUAAGUAGGUUAAGAUGUUCCAAGGUGGAUGUGUUUGUUAGGUAAUUAGGCAACAUGCUAUUAACAGAGUUUAUAAUAUGGGGAGUGUGUCUGGUAAAAACGAGUUUAGGUAUUGGUAUUCUGUUGGUCGGGUCUAUACCUUCCCAUUUAAUGAGGUUAGAUUGAAUGUUUUCAUCUAUUUCUUGUUUGAUGUUUAUGGUGUUCUGUUCUGUGCUGUGUGUUUCGGUAAUGCGAUGUGCGUGUUGACUGUUAUUGCUCUUAAGGUCUAGCCACACAUAAACGAGACGUGUACGAUACGAGCGCGAGACGAGUGCCGGCACGAGCUCCGUCCCUUGACGUCCCAGUCACACUGUAACGUAGACCCGUUGCGAGCGAUAGUAUACCUAACCUAGUUUGAGGGUUCAGUGAUGUUUUCAAAUUUUACUAGUACUGAAUUGGCUAUAAUAGCCUUGGCGCUAGAUGAAGAGGAUAAUUAUAAAACUCAAUCAAAGAAGAAAGUAUGGGUCCAUAAUGCCUGGAAAAGUAGGGAUACAGAAGGGGAAUUUAUAACACUGUAUCCACAUUUACUAGACGAUGAAACAAAGUUCUCCGAAUAUUUUAGGAUGACACAGGCAACGUUUCAAGAUCUAUUAGGAAAAGUAGAAAAUCAGUUAAAAAAACAAGAUACAUUUUGGAGAUCUGCAAUUGAACCUAAACAGCGGUUAGCAGUUUGCUUGAGAUUCCUAGCAACCGGGGAUUCUUUCAAAACAAUAUCUUUCAGCUUUAGAUUGGGUCGAUCAACUGUGCAAUCCAUCAUUCAUCAUACAUGCCGAAUAAUUGUUGACAUUCUUUUAGAGGAGGUUAUGCCGGUGCCUAAUGAAGAUACAUGGAAUACAAUUGCAGAUUACUUUUGGAAAAUGUGGCAAUUUCCUAACUGCAUCGGAGCUUUGGAUGGCAAGCAUUGUGUAAUACAAGCUCCUAAAAAUAGCGGCAGUCUUUAUUGGAAUUACAAAAAGACGUUUUCUUUGGUUCUUUUAGCUCUAGUAGAUGCACAGUAUAAUUUUAUUGCAGUAGAUGUCGGGGCUUAUGGCAAAAAUUCUGAUGCAGGCAUACUUUCCAACUCAAACCUUGGGACGUCUUUAGAAAAUGGAUCAAUAAAUAUACCAAGAGGCAAGAAGCUUCCAGGUUCUGAUGUUGACCUACCCAUGAUAAUUGAGCAAACUUGGAUAAUGAAAAAAAAAUCUUCAAUUAUCGCCUUUCUCGUGCAAGGAGAGUUUCAGAAAAUGCUUUUGGAAUUCUUCAAUAAAAGUUUCGUAUAUAUACAAGAAGAUUACAGGGCACACCUGAAAACCUUUCAGUUAUUAUAUUAGCUACCUGUGUCUUGCACAAUUUUAUAAGACAACGUGAGAGAUACGCCCAUAUUGCACGAGUAUCAGAUUCAGGUGAUAGUACGUUAGAAACGUCCGAAAAUUUACAAAGCUUACGUCCGACUAGAGGAAGAGCAACAAAUGCAGCAUUUCAAGUUAGAGAUCUCCUUAGAACCUACUUUGUAUCUCCAGCAGGUCAGGUAGAAUGGCAACACAAAGCAACAGACCUAUAGGGCACAAUCUACAUAUAGACUAAAAUAUUAUAUCUACAGCUUUAUAAGAAUAAAAUUGAAUAAAAUAGUAAAUCAAAAGGUUCACUUACCUUCUACCUG